CGGAACUUCCCCGUUGUCCUAUAAAUACAGACUUGACCUUCUUCCUUUUCUCCAACGAUUCAAAAAGCGCCCUCUCCACAUUUUGGAAGCAAAAUGGGGAAUAAUAUGGUGGGCUUCAGGUUUCGUCCGACGGACGAGGAGCUCGUGGAACAUUACCUCCGUCCGAAAAAUAACGGCGGCGGUUCCACCACGAGCAGCCAAGUCAUUAACACUGUCAAUAUCUGCAACCUUGAUCCUUGGGAAUUGCCUCCGCUGUCGAGGAUGGCGUCGAGUGAUCAGGUUUGGUAUUUCUUCGGACGCAAGGAAAGCAGAUACAACAGAGGUGAGCGACAGAAGAGGAAAACCAAGUCUGGUUUUUGGAAGAAAACCGGUAAGACCUUGCCUAUCACGCGAAAGAGCGGUAACCACGAAACCAUCGGUGAGAAAAGGGUUUUGAUAUUUUACACGAACGGUUCCAGAUCCAACUGGGUUAUGCACGAGUAUCGCGCUUCUUGCCUCUCUCCUAAUGACAGCGGUGCAUAUACAAUCUGCAAAGUACAGUUUAAGGGUGAAGCGAGUGAGAUAUCUUCUUCUUCCGGUGUCGACCAUGUUGUGCACACUCACUCUUUACCCACUCCUAUGAACAAUCCUGUAGGAUCUGAGGUGGGUCAAUCUCUCUUUCACUUCUUCCUAACCAUUUUCUUUAUACGCACUCAUUUGUGUUGUUUUAGGGAUUACAGAGUCCAAGUCAGUUUAGUGGUAAUCAGCAAGAAAUGCAGUUUGAUGCUGAAACUGAGAUGGAUUUCGAAGAUUUGUUAAACUAUGAUUUGAAUAGCUUGCUUGAUUCUGAAUUCUGAUGGUGAUGAACAGAGUAAGCCUGCUUCCAUGCCAAGUCAACUACCAGUGUCUUCAUUGGUCAUAUAUAGCAGUGAUGAUGAUUAGUGAUUCUGAUAACAUGAUUUUGCUAUGUCCCUUGAUCAAGAAGAAAGGAGCUGUUUUUUUGUAUUACAUGAUAGAUUAAAAUAAGAAAAUUCACCAAUGUUCGGUUACAUGAUUUUGUAUAAGUUAUGUCUAGGCUUGUUUUGUUACAUGUAUGUAUGUACUAAGAUAUAUAUAUAUAUAUAUAUAUAUAUAUAUAUAUAUAUAUAUAUAAUUGAAAAGAAAAGGAGAGUUUGUGAUAGAAUUGGUUAGAGAAGACACAGUUGUAUCAAUUCAACACAAGAAACUAAAAAAUGUCAAAACUCCCUUUGAAGUUCGAAAAUGACAGGUUCUACAAAAGCAAACAAGAUUAGUAGUAUCUAAUAAAAAAAGUAUAUAGAUGUACUACUUUUCAAGUCUCUUAAAGUCCACAAUCAUAUAUAUGUGGGUUGUUCAUGUUGUUAACUAUUAUUUUACUACCUCUUUUUAGAUUUUAUAUUUUUUUAUAUGUACACAAGUAAUUGAAAUAAAAAAAAGGUACAUAUAUUUACUACUUUUCAAGAGCCUCUUAAAGUCCACAUCAUAUAUGUGGCUGUUCAUCUUGAUUCCUAAUUCUAAAUCCCAUUGGACUAAUGUUAACUAUUAUUUUACUCCCUCUUUAGAUAUUAGAUUUUUGUAUAUGUACACAAAUAAUUGAACAACAAAAAACUGUUUAAUCUUAUACAUUUUUCACUAGGAAAAUAGGGGGAAAGACAACAUUUGCAAUAGUCUUAUACUCCAAAUUUGUAAGAUAUGAAAGAUUCAAACCCUCUAUCAAGUUCUUAUAUAUUAACUAAUACAUUUAUAUUUAUUAUUUAAAAUAAUUCCAAAAUUAUUGUACAACAAUAUUUUCACUUCUUAAGUUUGGCUAUACUAUAUCAUUUUGUAUUUGAUUCAUUGAUUUCAUAAGAUUUAGCAUGAAAUAUUCUCUAAUUUCAUUGUGCCUGCUUUCGGUUAAAAAAAUUCACCAUAAAACAAUUAAGAAAAAAAUAAUAUUUUCCAUAGAAAUUUCCACCCGUCACAAAUGAACAAGAACCAGAGAAAAUUUUCUUUUCAUAUAUCAAUUUUCUGUGUAUUUCAACUUUUAACUAAAAAAGUUAAAACCCAAAAAAGAGUUAAAAUCUCUUACUUCUAUAUUUGCCAAGAAUUAAAAUCCUAGUAAGGUAUAAAAGAAUCUAUAUAUUUGGCAAAUAAAGAAACAGAAUCAAAAGGAUAUAAGAAAUCCAACUUAGAUAGAAUUUUCUAAAAUAUUACAUCCUUUCACAAAAGCCAUCAAAUAAAGGAUUCGCCUCACAUAGUCGGCGCCACCAGCUCGGCUUGGGAGCUCGGCUUACCAGUCCAAAUGCUCGGCCUAGGUGCUUGGCCCAUAAAGCACGGCUCAGCCCAUUAGGUCAAACAAACUUAGGGCGAACAUAUGAAAAUGUUUAUCUAUAAAAGGAGGACAAGAGCAACUAAGGAGGAGAUCCAAAUCUUAUUUUUUCUUGUGACAUAUUCUGAUGACUAUAAAUUUUUUAUCAGUUUCAGUUUUGAAAAACUAUUUUCCGCAAAAUGCUAAUAGUUUCGUAUGAGAACAUAUUGUUGCUUUUAUCCACAAUUUUCUUAUUUUUUGUCCUUGGAAAGCUUUUCUUGUUUUAUAACUUUUCUUUGGCUGUUGUUGCUGCAUUGAGAUGAAUAUAUAAGAUGGUCGAAUAAAAAUUCAGAGAUGGACACUCUAGAAUGUUUCUCCUUCUUCAAUGUGAUUUUUGUAGUUUUUCUUCCUGGUUAUUAUAAUUUGAUGGUUGUGAGAUUAAAAAAAAAGCCACUUGAUGGUCAAACUCUUUAAUUGAGUAGAAAAGAUCCAAAGAUAUCAUAGAUAUAAUGAAAUUUUUUUCUAGAUUUUUAUAUAUCUUUAGAUGAUUCUAUUAUUUAGAAUUUAGGUUCCAUAAGUGUAUGUAUUUCAACCUUUAUGAUUACUAGGUGAACCCCUGCAUAUACAUGUGGGUUUUCAAUAAAUUUUAUAUCUCCAUCUCAAUGCAGUACAACAACAAAAAAAAGUUUUAAAACAACAAUAGCUUUCUAAGGACAAAAAAAAAUAA